UGUUGAUUCGUUUUUAUAGGUAAUCGAUUGUUUGAGUGUGUAUAUGUAUCAUACAUUUGUAAAAGAAAAAAAAAAACUUGUCUGAGAUAUACAGUCGUUGUCGUUGGUCUCUAUGGAUUUUUACUGAAAAUGGGGAUGGAAUCAAUGAUGUAAAUAAAAUUAUAUGAUAAUUCGUUUUUGAAGGAAGUGUUUUUUUAAGGCGUGUGGACCCCAGAGUACUUCAGGGUAAGAGUUUCCAGUGAAUUGUCUGGAAUCUGUUCCCUAACUGUCUGUUGAAUUAAAUCUCAUAUGGCUCGUGGAGAAGACAGUAUCGACAGUGGGAUGGCGUCUCUGACUACAAGCAGCAAGGAUUUAACCCCAGAAAAGGUUAAGAGCGAUGAUGACUUCGAAGAUGACGAGGAAGAUGAGGAUGAGACACUUGUGGAGCGACUGGUGGGACUAGGCGAGAUGUUCCCGCCUCGUGUACGUGACGCGACACACAUCAUAGCCACCACGACGUGCAAAGGUAUAAAAUCGUUCUAUGGGUUUGCAUGCUCUGCGGCAUGGGUGGUAUUCAGUUCGUCCAUCAUCCUGUUUGCUCCACUGAUUUUUGAAGUGGAGCGAGCCCAGAUGGAGGAAGCCCAGCGCAGCCAGCAGAAACAGGUGCUGCUGGGGCCCAACUCUGCGAUGGCGGGGAGCAUGGGCGGCACUCUCAAACCCCCGCCACCCACGCGAUAAGUCCCGCCCGCCCUUCCCCACGCGCAGUGUACAUUAGUUCGACUCGUUAAAGAGCAAUGCAAAUCCCAAGUCUUAUAAUAGAGGAAGCUGCCACGGGCCGGACAGUUCGUGUUCUCGCCCUGGUCCCCGUCACGAGCAGUGUCGAAUGAUUGAAUAAAUUUGUUUUAUAGAUUUUCGGAUCCUUAGACCAUUGGUGCACCAAAUUUGGACAUGAACGGUAAUUCAGUGUACAAUAAGUAAAGCUUCAUGUUUUGAAAAUAUCUGUUUCUAGCCUUGUUACUAAAUAUAUACAGCUUAUAUGUUUUAUUUAUGUAUUAUUUUUACCAUGUACAGGUUGUUAUUUCACAAUUUUUGUAAAAAUGAUUUUGUAUUUUGUCCAUGGGUGGUGCCAAUUCCUUUGGCACAUAUGCACUUGCUCAUUAAAGUUUUAUGUUUUUA